CCUAUUGAAAACGGCAUUGCAUUCUGGGAUGGGUGUCAUGGCGGCCUCCUGUAAAGAUGCAGCGCUCACUCCUUUCCUUGCCGCUGAAUUUUAGCCUAAGAAACAAACUGUUUAAUGCGGGCUUUCGUGUCAUCGCUGAUCUGCAAAGACUGACCGAUUCGGAAUUAAUUCAUGAGGCGGGUGUGAGCCAGCAGGAUGUGCUGGAGCUCUUGCAGGCUGUAAGGGGAGAAGGAGGUGACGCUUGGUCGUCUUCUACAUCUCUGGAGUUGCUGCAGAAGGAGGGUGAAUCCAGAAGUAUCGUCAGCUUCUGCUCUCAGCUGGACGAAGCUCUUAGUGGAGGAGUUCCCGUGGGAAAGAUAACAGAAGUUUGUGGAACGCCAGGAGUAGGAAAAACGCAGCUAUGUCUGCAGGUAGCAGUAGACGUCCAGAUUCCUCCGUGUUUCGGAGGUUUGGGAGGCCAUGUCAUCUUUGUGGACACUGAGGGCGGCUUUCUUCUGCAGCGCAUAGAAGAUAUAGCUGCCGCCGUAGUCCGACACUGCUCUCUACUGGUGGAAGACGAUGAACAGCGAGAAGGAAUUUUGACCUUUACUGUGGAAACCAUCCUGUCAAAUAUCUAUGUGGUCCGUUGCAAUGACUACAUUGAGGUUCUAGCCCAGCUCCAUCUUUUGCCAGACUUCCUGUUAGAACACCCGAGGACCUGCCUCCUGGUGAUUGAUAGUGUGGCUUGUCCAUUCAGACACAUUGAGGUUGUGUCUCAGAGGACACAGCUUCUCCAAAGCCUCGGGUUGCAGCUAACGAAUCUAGCCAUCAGAUAUAACCUUGCUGUUCUUGUCACCAAUCACAUGACCACCAGGCUGCAAGGCAGCCAGUCACAGUUGGUUCCUGCUUUAGGUGAACUUUGGGGCCAUGCCCCCACAAUCAGACUUCUCCUACAAUGGUUGAAUUCACAAAGAGUGGCAAUUGUGGUCAAAUCACCAGAUCACAUGGAAGCUAUAGUACAAUACCAGAUCACAAGUGAUGGCCUCAGAGAUGUAGAUGAAUCCGUUUAAAACUAGACGUUUUCUGAUUGUCCCAAAGCUCAAAUAGUGUGAUAUUAAUGUUUACUGAUGUUAUUAUGUAUUGAAAUAUAUAUUCUUAUUUCUCAGUAAAAUUGUUUUACGG